AUGCAUGAUGAAGCUGUGGCACUCAUUGAUGAUCAAAUUCUACAGCUGACAGAGGGCCAUGGAUUUUUGUAUGAAACUUUUGGGAUCAGGCCUCAGUUUUCUUGGCACGUUGACCCUUUUGGAGCUUCAGCUACCACCCCAACUCUUUUUGCUCUGGCUGGUUUCAAUGCUCAUCUGAUUUCUCGGAUCGACUACGAUCUGAAGGCUGCCAUGCAGAAAAACAAGAAGCUUCAGUUUGUAUGGCAAGGCUCCCCUUCCUUAGCUGACAGCCAGGAGAUCUUCACCCACGUGAUGGAUCAGUACAGCUACUGCACCCCACCACAAAUACCUUUUUCAAACAGGUCUGGAUAUUCCCAAAUAGAAAUAUAUUGUUGGAAUUGA